AAUCCGCGAGAACAGGUGAAGAACCCAAGAAAAUAUAACCAAUAAACCGAACCCAAAAUACUCGCUCCUGUGUUGUCAACGGCAGAGGACCAACGGGUUUGGACGCUGGCGAAGACUGAGAAAAUAAAACACGAACGAGAAAUGUCGCUGGUCGAUUACGCUCCUUCUUCAGACGACGACGUUCCGGAACCCGCUGAAGAAGAACGCAAGGAAGAGGAAGAACCCCAACUUCCCCAAUGCGAUUCACUGCCAUUGCAACCUCCUCCUCCUCCUCGUGCCCAGACUAAAUCUGGAUCUUCAUCUGACCAGCAGCCAGAAAGUAAACCACAUUCAUCACCACCUGCAGUGGAGAAUCUUCCUGAUGCUUCACUUCUUUUGAAUGCACCCACUGUCUCAUCUAAUCUUCUGAGUUCUAGUGACCACUCCGCUAGAGUUGCUGCAGCUCUAGCUGAAAAUGCUUCACGUAAGAGAGACUCAAAUGGAAUGGCCUCUUCAACUGUUCGUAGUAAAGUUCCUAGAGCAAACUUGCCUCAUUCAAGGAAUGUUCCAGAAACUGCUGGUAAUGUGCUAAUUCCACCUCAGAUCAGUGGAAGGAAAAAUGUUGUUACAGAAGACAUAAGCAAGCUAUUUGUCAAAAAGCACCCGUAACAUUCAUCUUGUUAGAAGCUCGCAUAUCGUAGACAAUGAUGGGGGGAAGAAACUUAAACCUAAAGAUGCACUUCAACUACUCGAAAGUGCUUACUUUUGUAGAAUGUGUGCUUGUUUACCUUUGAGUUUGUCUAUAUCCUUAGCUUUGUUCGUGUAGCUGCUUAUGUUACAUUGUCAAUUUCCAGCUUAGCCAAAUAUAGAAAAAAGGAGCAGAAACCCUUGAGAGAUGAUUUGUUUCACGGCCUAUUUGUUAGAUUUAGGAUUCUUGAGAAUACUGUGAAUCGUAUUUUUCAUGCUUUGGUUAAAGGUUUUAUAAAUAUUUUAAGGCUUGCAACAUUGCUAAUACUAAAUUUUGACUAUAAGAGAUUUUCAAAUUUUCCAAUUUUUAAUAUUUUGGGGGAGGGGGUGAUUAGUGCCCAAAGCUAGUGAACUGUAUAAUUUCAGAAGAUUCGGGUGAUUGACAAGAGAAACUAGUACAAACUUCCAUUCAAAUAAGUUAUUUGUCUUUCAAUUAUCUUACAAAUUUCCUUUUGUUGAACUGUAAUGAUAUUUUAUAUAUAGCAAAUUUAUUAUUUU